AUGGAUUUCAUCAAGACCAGUUCCCUGCGUGCUCUGAUUGAGUUAACUUUCCAACGCAAUUGGAUUGGCAUCAUUUGGAUGAGUAGAAAAGGAGUUAUAGCCAAAAUAGUGAAGACUGUCCAGACGGCUCUAUCGAGAAUCGCGCCGAGCCGCACGGCCGCCGAGGAACGAAUGUUCCGCGUCGGCCACAUCCGUCCGCGUCGCCAAGUCCACGGCCGAUACGUACACGACCCGGGAAGCAUCGUCCCGCGGUCGGCCAACCACUUCACACGCCACAUCCGCGCACGACGCGCCGCGCGCGCCGGGAAGCAAGCCUUCGCGGCCGCGCGGCACAACUCAUGUACCGCGGCCGACCAUCCGCCGACCAGGAAGCCAUCGUCCCGUCCGGCCAAGUUUCAUCGGCCAACUUAUCCAUCCGUCCGACCCACGGCCGAACACGAAAACUGUCCGGCCACGAUCGUUCCGACGUCCGAUGGCCGACACGACCCGACGUCCGGCCGAUCGUCCCGACCGACCGUCCGAACGCCGCGGUCGACCCGAAGCCGUUUUUGA